CUGCAUGUGCACAAGGAGGAACAAAGCCUGAACAUUGCCAAUCUACAAGCAGGGUUCACCAUUGACUGUGUCAUUGAAUCGCGGUCCAGUGAUGCAGCAGUGUUUGAGGUGACUUGGUCCAGGAGUCAGAGAAAUUAACAACCUGUCAUCAUCUUCAUUGUCAGACGUGAUGGAACUGUACACAGUGCAAUCGUGGAUAAAGAUCUGGUGUUUGGACACCCCAAGUGCCAUGCACUGUAAGCUGACUGUGCCAAACAUCAACCCCAUUUAUACUGGCCUUUACCAUGGUCAGGUUGUUGAAUGGAUUCAGAUAGCUGCAAACAAGUGGAGAAGGAUAGGUGAAGACAAGUCUGGGGAGCUAUCCAUCCAUGUGGACACUAAGGAAAAGCAAAAAGAGGACAGCUUUGCCAUGGACAGGACUGACAAGAAUCUUGACAUCAAUGAGGGAGAUAAGUUUGAUCUUGAAUGCUCCCUGGAUGUAAGAAAAGAGGACCCUACUCAUCACUACAGUCUCAGAUGGGUGUUUAAUAACCCGAAAUCUUUUAACGGGAUAUCUUUAUUGUCCUACUCUUCUAAUAGUAAACUUCAGUACCUUACAGAAAACCAGCAACUUAAGGACAGGUUACGCUUCUCUAGACCUACUUCUGAUACUUUCCAUCUGGCUGUAUUAAACUCAGAUACAGCUGAUAGUGGAAGCUACCAGAGUAGAGUUGAGCAGUACCAGUUCGAUUGUAAGGGCCAGUGGAAACAAACAGCACAUGCCCAAUCAGGCUCAACUAUUGUCACAGUUCGCAGUAUCGCAGAAAGUAAACUGCAUGUUCAGAAGGAGAACCGAACAUUCAACAUUACCAAUCAUCAGGCUGCAUGGGUUCACUAUUGACUGUGUCAUUG